AUGAGCAUCAGGACGGCGGCUUCCGACGACGGAAAGCAGUACCUCGUGGUUACUACUAUGGGGGACGACGUUUCAUUGACGCCUGAGGCUGGUAAGCUAAAGCUACAGUCUCAGCACUCUCGGUUUGGAGAGUACUCUGCGAAUCGGAGGACGACGAUGACUCCUACGGGAGAGAUUUUCACUGGUCGGCCAAACGGAUCGGCCUUGAUGAGCGGGUCACAUCAAGGGGAAGAGGUCUCACAGUAUCUCUCCAAGUACGCCGACAUCUUGGAACCAAGGGGGGUCAACGUUCACCUCGGGCAAGACCAAAAUCUCAAGCCUACAGCUCACGGCGUCUGCGCCAGCUCUGUCCUUGUCCGCGAGCUUUAUGAGCUCUCUGGCACCGAUUGUGAUGGUACUAGGAGACUGGUCAGCGAGCUUAAAAAAGAUGCUCCCACUACUUUCAGCAAAGUCAAUCCCCGGGGAGAAGUUUUGGACAACGCGUUCUUGUGGGUUGAUCCAGACGACAGCAGGAUCGCCUUUGAAAGCGCGUUCAGCGUGAACGGAGCGGCUCUUUCGGCGGCAUUUGAGUCUGCUCGCCAAAGGGCGGGGGAAGAUCUGACAGCCUCUAAUGAAGGAGAGACAGCAGCUGCCGUAGAGGAAGUUCUGGAGGACGUCGGUGACCCCUGA